CGCAUUUUAGCAGUCGUCGUCUUUUAUCCCGAAUAGUUUUUCCUCGCUCCUUUUUCCCUUUUCUCAGUUCUCAGGUCAAACAAAGAGUAAGGAAUAUAAUUUCUUCAGUUGCCAAUAAAUUUAGGGCUUUACGUUUUUAUGAUCCACGAGCUUGGAAUGCGAUUAAAUCGAGGAUAUUUUGGCAAGUUUUUCUAUUUCAACAUUUGCUAAUCAGCUCUUUCUACGAGGUUAUGAGAUAGAACAUUUGGUGACCUUGUUGAUCUGAGUCAGAAUUGAAUAAUUUUCUGGAAAUAAGGGCGACAAAAGUUACUGGGUGUUGGUGUUGUUGAUCGAUUUAGAUGAUGAAUGAAUGAAUUGGGGUUUGGAUGACGAGUGUAGAGUGUGUUUUUUAGGGUUAUAAUUUCUGUAAGGAUUUGGUGGUCAACUUGAGCUUUUUGGUGGGUCUACUCAACUUUUGAGCUUUACAUGGAUGACACCGAAGAUGAUGCAAGGUACCCACCAAAUCCUUAUGGGGUAAACCACCAUCAGGACUAUGGUUCUUCCCGUCGCCAAAAGCUCUCUGUUCAGAGUGGUCCAUAUUCUAAAUCGGUCGGCGAUCAUUAUGUCGAUGAGGAUGAUGAAGAGGAUGAGGAAGAUGAUGAAUUAGGAGAGGAAGAGGAUUACAAUGACAAUGACAAUGACAAUGGUCAAAAUAAUGGGUAUCCACCCAUGGACAAAAAUGUUGGUGAUGAUGAAGAUGAUGAUGAUGAGGAGGAGGAGGAUGAGAUGGACGAUGAGAAUGAUGAGGCUGAAGAUGAAGAUCAUGAUAAACGAAAAGAUUAUGAUAGACAGAAUGAUGAUGAAGACUUGCAGAGACACCCCAAAAAGCGAAAGUUGAUGAGCUUGGUUUCGAGUUUUGAGUUUGCUCCUCAUGUGCCAUCAGCACCACGAUCAGUUGCAACAACCUCUGCCCCGAGAGUAUCUUUCGGUGGUCGGAGUUCACUUACAGAUUGGACUGAGAGGGAAACAUUAGUUCUGCUAGAUGCUUGGGGUGAACGCUUUCUUCAACGUGGAAAAAAGAGUCUUCGGUCUGAGGAAUGGCAAGAGGUUGCUGAGAAAGUAUCUGAGGUAUCAAAGAUUGAUAGGACAGAUACACAAUGUCGCAAUCGUCUGGAUACCUUGAAGAAGAAAUACAAAAAAGAGAAGGCUAACUCGAGCAUGGGUGUAACUAGCAAAUGGAGUUAUUUCAGAAAGAUGGAUCUUUUAUUAUCGACUGCUAAUCAACAGCCUGGACUUUCUUGUGGGAUGGAUUCGGGAGAGUAUGUUUUCAUGAAUCCCAGAGUUUAUUUGAACUGCGCUAAUGGUUUAGAUGAAAUGAGGGAUAGUCCUGGGAACUCAGAACUAGAAGGAAGCGAUGACUCAGAUGGGCUUCCACCGAAAAAGAGAAAAUCUGGAAGGGACAACGACCAUGAUGAAGGAUCUUCAUUUAGGUUGCUUGCUAAUACUAUCCAUAAAUUUGGGGAGAUAUAUGAGAAGAUAGAAGACAGUAAAAGACAGCAGAUGGCUGAGCUAGAGAAGAUGAGAAUGGAUUUCCAAAGAGAUUUGGAGCUGCAGAGAAGGCAAAUCAUUGAGAGAGCACAGGCUGAGAUUGAAAAGAUACAACAAAGUGAUGAUGACGAGGAAAUUGAUGUCUCAGCCGAGAAUGCUAGUGGGUGAUGUAUCUUUUGUGUAGUUUCAGGUAGCAUGUUAUUUAAUAUUUGAGAGCCUUUUUGGCCACCCCAUUUUACUUUCUAGGCAAUAAAUAUUUAUAUUGUUUAAUGUUGUGUCUAGUUAUGGUGUACAAUAACUACUCUAUGAUUCACUUACUUUACUAUGUUACUUCCUUUAAGCGAGAUUGGUAGCCACUUUUGAUUUUAGAAUGAAUGAAUAAAUCAAUUGGAUUCUAUUUUUUA